AUGGCUUUGGAAACCCCUCAGGUGCAUUAUCGUGGAACUCCCACAUCUGUGGUUCCGCUGACUAUUCCAACCUCCCCUGCCGACCAUCGCAUGCUUUCAGCAGCGAAAGCCGUACCCCCUGGCUCACCUUCCGCUUCCCACACACCCUCUAUGGCUUACCCAAGCCCUCUUUCAGCCACCACCCCAUCGGCUGCUUCACAUACACCUCAAACAGCCUGUCUCGGACCUCGCGAGGUGGCUGUCUCAUCCGCCAGCUCAUCAACUGCUUUAUACGCACCCACUACAGACCCUCCAACCUCAACAACAACACCGCCUCUUGCGGAACGUAAACGCGGUCACUCAAAAGGGAGCCUGGUCUCUGGAACACCUUCACGACAUGAGGGUCCUUCUUUCAAGGCACCAUGCCGCCAAAAGUACCAGAUGCACGGGUCACGUCAACCAUCCGACACAAACCAGAUGCUAAUUGUCGUUGUCGUCAUCGUAGGUCCACGUCAACCUCACAACCUACCACAAAAGAACCAUGACGACGACACGAUGACGAGGGACGAUGAAGAUGGCCUGGCACGUCAAUGGACAUGCCACGACAUCCAGACUGUGACGAUGCAUGUCGUCGUCACCGUCCACAUUAAUCCAGGGAUUGAACAUAGGGAGGAACGGGUCUAA